CUCGCGUUUACACAAGACUUGCAUUGCUCGCCGACCUGUGGGGGAGUGUCCAAGAAGCGCUCACUAAAGCACUCUCUUUCCCUUUUCUUUUGAAGCACAGUUUCUCUUCGAGAUUUGCGAGCAGCCACCUAACCAGGGUGAUGGCUUCCCGAUCCAUUCGAACGUCUCGGACCCGUGUCUGCUGCUGCAUUUUCUUCGUGUUGCUCUGCAUUAUCGUGCUCAUUGUGCUUGGGUUGCUACUAAGCGGAGGCUCAGAUUGUAAGGACGGCUUCAGGCACGCGGCGGUGGCCGCUGACACGGCGACAUGCUCCGAAGUGGGCAAAUCCAUGCUGCAAAAUGGCGGCUCAGCAGUAGAUAGUGCCAUUGCUGCACUGUUGUGCACCUCAUUACUGAACCCACAGAGCAUGGGUAUAGGAGGAGGAGUCAUUUUCAACAUAUAUGAAGCUUCAGGCAAAGUCACCAUAAUUAAUGCCCGUGAAACAGUGCCACAAAACACACCAGAGUUCUUGAGAAACUGCACAGAACGUCUAAAUACAGGAUCUUUGUGGAUUGGUGUCCCAGGAGAAAUCAGAGGAUAUGAAGAAGCACACAAAAGGUUUGGGAAACUUCCCUGGAAAACACUGUUUCAGCCCUCGAUUAAACUAGCAAGGGAAGGAUUCCCAGUCCCCAGAAUGCUGAGUGCAUUUCUUUCAAAACUGCAUAAAUUUUUGGGCCAAUCAAAUUUACGUGAACUGUUUUUCAAGUCUGGGAUGAUAUUGAAAGAAGAAGAUACACUCAGAUUUCCAACGUUAGCAGAUACUUUGGAAAUAAUUGCCGAAAAGGGAGCCAAUGCUUUCUAUGAAGGCCAGCUGGCAGAGGAUUUGGUUAAUGAUAUCAAAGAACUUGGAGGAUAUUUGACAACAGAAGAUCUGAAAAACUUCAAAGUGAGAGUAGAACAGCCACUGCAAUUAAAUAUUGGAGACAACAAACUUUAUGUUCCUCCUCCACCAAUAGGGGGAGCCCUUCUUGGGUUUAUACUUAAUAUCAUGAAAGGAUAUCAACUAAAUCCUGACUCUGUAAGGAAAAAUAAUGCAUUGACUACCUAUCAUAGAUUCAUUGAAGCACUUAAGAUGGCAAAUGGACAGAAACUGAAGAUAAAAGACCCAAAAUUCAGUAACAGAACGCAAAAUGAUGCUGCUGUGCUAAUAUCUGACAAGUUUGCAGAUUUUGCACGUUCCCAGAUACAGGACAACCAAACUCAUCCAUUUCCCUAUUAUGGAGUAUCGCCGUCCUUUGACAGCACAGGGACCACACACAUAUCAGUCAUUGACAAGGAUGGAAACAGUGUAUCAGUGACAAGCACCAUCAACAGUGUUUUUGGUGCCAUUAUGUACUCUAGAAGGACAGGCAUUAUCCUGAAUAAUCAAUUGGCAGACUUCUGUGGAAGAGCAACUCAUGUUUCUCCUGGAGAGCAGCCUCCUUCUUCAAUGACACCAGCUAUUCUUGUUUCAAGCAGUAACAGACCUACACUAGUAAUUGGUGGUUCUGGAGGGAGUAUGAUAACAGGAGCAACAGCUCUGGCUAUGGUCAAUUAUUUCUGGUUAGGACGUGAUUUAAAAGAAGCAAUAAAGGAUCGUGUGGUGCAUGUAAAUUCAAAAAAUGAAGUACAGUUUGAAAAGGACUUUGACCCGGUGUUAAAACAAGAACUGAUUUCCAUUGGUCACAAUGUUACAGAGAACCCAUAUUUUUUUAACGUGGUGAAUGCAAUAUCAAACAAUGGAAAAUGUUUCAGGGCAGUGUCAGAUCAGCGAAAGAAUGGACAACCUGCUGGAUAUUAACCUCAGAGUUCUUGAGAUCAAAAAGACCAUAUAACUGAGGCAACUUAGGGGCCAAGAACACUGGCAAUGGAUAGUUUUUUGGAUGUACUGUAAAGGAACAGCACACUGGACACAGAUGAAUACUUACUUUUUAAAAUGUUUAAAACAUAUGUGAACUCUUUUUGGGCAUUACUUUCUUGCAUGCAAACCACCAGCUGCGGUCUGCAUUGUGAUUGAACUGAAUGUCAGCAUCGCUGAAAACCAUCCACACAAUGACACUCAAGAUUAGACAUUCCAUGCAACCUUUGGGAGCUUUGUGUCUGGAAGCUGUCGGCUGUACAGACAGAUCUGACUAGAACAUUAACAGAGGACCAUUUUUUUAGCUCACUAUGCUACCUUCUUUUUUUUUUUUAAACCAAUGGCAGUUGACAAGCACACUGCCUCAUAUCAUUUUCAGAGAAGGGUUGUUAAUAAAACACAGGAAUAUGGAAAGAAAGCAAUGAAGUUUUAACCAAAGCUAAGCAAAUUUCACCUUAUACACUACAAUGGCAGAGCCUUGCCUCCAAGGUCUGGAUUUUUGUAAUGUGUGUCACUAUUGCCUUUUUUAUUGCUUUACAUUUGCUAUUUGAGCUUAUAAGGAACUUUAUAAACAAAAAAAGUAUGAAAAUAAUGAACAAAAAUGGAAAAAAAAAACUUACAUCAUUCAUUUUUUGUGUUACGUUAAAAAAAUGUUUUCCAUGCUUUUCAGCUUAUGAAAGGAAACAGGUAAGGAAUUACCAACCUGCAGUAAAAUGGUGCUAGUCAUAGAGAUAUUAAAGCAUAAGUUCAGUAUUUUUCACAUCAAAGUUAUUUCCUCACAAUCAUGGUAUACAUUAAUUUGCCACAUUAAAUUCAUGAAAUUGUGUUCUAAAGCACUCUUAUAAAUUAAAACAAAUAGGCAUCCUGUUCUUACACUUUAAAAAUAGAAGUCAUAGGGUAAGUGUCCAAACAUGAAAACAAGUUGAAGCAGUAAAGUUUUGAUUUAAGAAAAUAUGCUUUUUGCAUUUCUGAUAACAAGAGGAAACAUGCAAUAAUUAGUCUGUCACCAAAUCUGGGAAUUAUUUUUCUUUAAGUAAGAAUACAUUUCCUUUCCACUUUUCUGCUCAUAGCCUCUGUUGUUGGUAGAAUUAUGACAACUCGGCCAGACCCCAACACCAACAUAUAUUUUGUUUAUAACACUGCUUUUGCCUCUGCAGUUCAAUUUUUUCAAUAGUUAUGUUCUUCCAUGUUUUGUAAUAACAGACAAAUGCAUGCUUACAUCAUACGAUUAUUAUUUCCUAAGCAGUGCUUACUUUUCUCCCAUUACAUUCUGUGUUGAUAUUUUGCAUAACCCACAGAGAGAGAAGGAGAACCUAACAGUUUCAUUGUACUUUGUACAAAUAACAAUCAAACAACUAUAAAUACAUGGGGAGAAAAUGCAAAACUUUUGCACACCAUGGCACUGUGAGGCAGGAAUGAGAGCUCUGCACUAGUACCUGCAAAAAGUGUCAUAAAAGGUGCUCCGUGAGCAGCAGCAGUGGCAGCACUGAGGGCCUGGAGGGCAAAGGCAUAUACAGAAGACACAGCAGUAUUAUUAGUCAUACCACACAUGACAGAAUGCCAGUACAAUCUGCAUGUUUAGUAGUGAAAAGCCAAGCAAAAUGACACUUUUUAUUCGCUAACUAAA